AUGUGCUGUGGUGGUGCAGAAACUGCUGCGUACCCAGUGUGUGACCACCGUGGGCAGGAUCAAGGCUCCACUCUCCAGCUGAGCAUUCUGAGUGGAAAUAGCAAAUCUGCAGUGUUGUUGGAAGUCAGGGAGAGCCUCAGCACCAUGCAGUAUUCUCCUGUGGCAGUGAUUCCAGAGCCCUCCAUGGAUAAGGGACCCGGGAUUCGCCGGAGCCCUGGGGAAGGCACAAAGGCUGCAGCCUGCUCAGACAGUGGAGCCAGCAGAGCCCGGACCACAGAGUUCUUCCAGAGCCAAUAUCUGACCAAAACCAGCACCCAGGGACAGGUCUACAACUUCCUGGAGAGGCCCAGUGGGUGGAAGUGCUUUAUCUAUCAUUUUGCUGUAUUUCUCCUGGUGCUGAUUUGUUUAAUAUUCAGUGUAUUGUCUACUAUAGAGCACUAUUCUGAGUUUGCCAUUGGAACCCUUUUCUGGAUGGAAAUAGUUCUGGUGGUGUUUUUUGGGGCUGAGUACCUGGUCCGGCUGUGGUCUGCAGGCUGUAGGAGUAAAUAUAUUGGCUUCCAGGGAAGGAUCCGGUUUGCCAGGAAGCCAAUAUCCAUCAUUGAUCUGAUUGUGGUAGUAGCCUCAAUUAUUGUUCUGAGCAUAGGAUCUAAUGGGCAGGUGUUUGCCACCUCUGCAAUAAGGGGGAUUCGCUUUCUCCAGAUCCUUCGGAUGCUUCAUGUUGACCGCCAGGGAGGCACCUGGAGACUCCUGGGGUCAGUGGUUUUCAUCCAUCGACAGGAACUCAUAACCACGCUGUACAUUGGAUUCUUGGGAUUAAUUUUUUCAUCCUACUUUGUUUAUCUUGCUGAGAAGGAUGCAGUUGAUGAGGAUGGAAAGACAGGUUUCUCCAGCUAUGCUGAUGCCCUUUGGUGGGGUGUGGUAACAGUCACAACAAUUGGCUAUGGAGACAAAGUUCCCCAGACGUGGAUUGGGAAGACAAUAGCUUCCUGCUUCUCAGUGUUUGCCAUCUCCUUCUUUGCCCUGCCAGCUGGUAUUCUGGGGUCUGGUUUUGCCCUGAAAGUACAGCAGAAGCAACGUCAGAAGCAUUUCAAUAGACAAAUCCCAGCUGCAGCUUCCCUAAUUCAGACCCUGUGGCGCUGCUACGCAGCAGAGAAAUCCUGCUCCUCCACAGCCACCUGGAAGAUCUAUGUGACAGCUCCCGUGCAAAAUCCCAAAAAGUCUCCAGCGCCAUCUAGUCCCGGUCUGAGAAAACAGGCCAGAAGAUACAGAAGAAAAGGGAAGCUGGGCUGUGGAAAUGGCUCUGCACCUGUAAUAAACCCAGGAGAAAAUUCCUUGUCUGUUCCCCAGAUCACUUAUGAUCACAUUGAUGAACAAGAGGACAAAAAAGAUGUGUCCUUCUACAUUGAUGAACCCAAAGGGAGAAGAGGCUUGGAAGGGCACACCCCAGGCAUGUCACGGGCCAGCAGCUUCACUGAUGACAUCAACCUGGUACCCGAGGAGUCCCUGCUGCCAGCAGCAUCCAACGUGGCACAAAGUGUAAGCAGACUGACUGAAGCACACAGAACCGCUGUGAAAGUCAUCAGGAGAAUGCAGUAUUUUGUGGCCAGAAGGAAAUUUCAGCAAGCUCGGAAGCCGUACGACGUCCGUGACGUGAUUGAGCAGUACUCCCAAGGACACCUCAACAUGAUGGUUCGCAUAAAGGAACUUCAAAGGAGGUUGGAUCAAUCCUUGGGAAAGCCAGGUCUUUUCCUCCCAGAAAAAGGGGUAGACAAAGGAUACUACAGUAUAGGAGCCAGACUGAUCCGACUGGAGGAUAAGGUCAUGCAGAUGGACCAGAAGCUGGAUGACAUCCUGAGAGCGCUCCAGGCUCAGCUGGGGGAUCAGCUCCAGGCACAGAUGCCAGGGCCAGCCACCCCACGUGUCAGACAUGCACAGACACCCACAGAGUCCCCCCCAGUGACCCAGAAAAUGUGAAAGCCAGUGGACAGCCACACGUGACCCUCUCGCUCUUCCACGUCCGGGUAUUUCUCAGUCUUGGUGUCUUCAUCUGUGUCAUGGGUGAAAUGAAAUAUUCUGCAGUAGUAGAUUAAUGAGGAAAAAAAAAUAGAAAAAAAGAAAAAAGAGAAGAAACAGCAAGAAGCCAGUCACGACCUUAGGAGAGCACAUAAGUGCUGCACCUGUUUUAUUUUAGCCAUCUUUAGCUUAACUCUGCCAGCCCGUGGCAGCUCAGUUCCCAUCCCCCCAGCCCCAUUCGGGCUGAGCACACAGGCACAGGGCAUGCUGUCAAGGGAAGCAUCCCAGUCAGGGUUAGGAUGACCCAUUUGUGGGCACAGAAGGGGAAAAGAACUGUUCUUUUGGCAUUUAAUCACUAAGUUUAAUGCUCACAGCAUGCCCGAAAGGGGGAAAGGAGCCAGCAUUUGAACAUGAAACAAAUGGAAAUCAGUGAACAGGAAAAUUAAACAGCAUGUUUUGACUUCUACCAAGCAGUGAGGAUCAUAAGAAGGGCAGAUUUAUAUGCUAGUGUGAAUGACAAAGUAAAGACAACAGACUACUGAUUAAAAAUAUGGAAGUGUACACAGGCUGGUUGACAUAUGAAAGGCUGAAGCAGAGACUUCAGCUAAUUAAAGCAAAGGGCUGCCAGUGAGAUGAGAUGCAUGUUGGAACAGACAGGCAGGAGAGAUAGGAUCUGCGUAGGCUUACUUCACCAGAACACUGAAAUAGUUAUCAGCUACGCUGAUGACUGUUAUGCAAAAUGUUCUCAAGCUUUUACCUUCAUUCAGCAGCAGUUGUUGACUACAGUUGCCUUAAUUUUAACAUAAGGAACCUGCAUGGUAAUUGGCUGUGAACUAUCUGUGAAACUGGGUUAAAGCCACCGAGUAGCAGGGUGCUGCAGGAGGGCUGCAGCUGUGGUUGAGUGUGACAGGGUUCCUUAAAGAAAACAGAAAUGCACGCACUGUUGAUGAAAGUUAAUCGCUGUUUAAAUAAACUGCUGUAUAUCGUUUUAAA